ACUGUUCACUCGAUGGCGAGUAUAUAUACCAGCGUAGACCAACCGAUCAACCACAGUCAUCAACGACCAACACAACAAACAGUGCUGCAGUAACUAUCACUCGACAACACACACACAAAAUGUCCGCCAAAUUGAUCAUCUUCGCGGCUUGCGCCGUUGCCACCGCCCUGGCCGUCUACAAGGAACCUUCCUACCCAUCUUACCCAGCUGCCCCAGCUUACCCAGCCCCAGCCUACCCGGCCGCCCCAGCUUACCCAGCACCAGCAUACCCAUCUGCCCCAGCCUACCCAUCUGCCCCAGCCUACCCAGCGGCACCAGCCUACCCAGCGGCACCAGCAUACCCAGCGGCACCAGCCUACUCAGCAGCACCGGCCUACAAGCCAGCUUCAUACGCCGCCCCGAAACCGUACGCCCCAGAGCCAGCCUACUCUGCUCCGUCUCCGUACAACUUCGACUACAGCGUGCACGACACCUACACCGGUGACAUCAAGAGCCAAAACGAAUACGCUGACGCCAACGGUUACGUCAAGGGCUCCUACAGCUUGGUCGAACCAGACGGCAGCAAGCGCACCGUGGAAUACACCGCCGAUGACUACAACGGUUUCAACGCCGAAGUCAAGAAGGAAGGUGGAUACCCCGCACCUGCCUACUCUGCACCGGCCCCGGCCUACAAGCCCGCCCCAGCACCAUACAAACCAGCAUACUAAAUCAACGUCCCUAAUCACUCAACGUUGAAGCGCAUGAAACGCCAACAUCAUCAUUCACGACUUCGGAGACUGUUUUAAGUCUUAACACAUUUUCGUAACUAUAUACGCUUACACGCAAUCUCACGAGUGUUAAGUGUGUAUUUUUUUACUAUGUAUACUAUUGUCAUCAAUAUCAUCUUAGUUUUUUGUAAAUAAAUACUUUUCAUGGUUUAACACCAAACAGCAA